AUGCUUCUGAGGCCUGACUGUGGAACCCUUGCAUCAGUAGAAACUGACUGUAAGCCAUCAGUUCCAAUUAUAGGUGAAGCUUUGUUUUUUGCUAUUCGAGUAUUGCUCGCAAGAAGUCUUCGCAGAUCAAGUAUUCCUCUUAGUUUGAAUUCUGUGUUUGUUUUAGUAGUCGGUUGUCAAUAUGGUGGUGUUAUAAAUUUCGAAGGUGGAAGCCCAAACAUGGAGACUACUGAAAUUACGUUAAGCACCGGCUGCGAGGUUGAGGAGUGCCGGAUUUCGAAUGCACGAUGGAGGAGUGAUGCAGCGAGAUCGCGUUUCAAGGGUUUUCUGAUUUGGGGAUACCAACUGGGGGUAAUGACUAAUGGGAGCACUAAUAAUGGGCUGGAGCACUAA